CCUUUGGCUGCUCGUGCGGGUCCCGCGCCACCUGAGCCUUAGGUGUUGCCAAGAUGUUUCAAAGCCUUAUUAAGAAUGUGUGGGUCCCUCUGAAGCCCUACUAUACCCAGGUUUAUCAAGAAAUUUGGGUAGGAGUAGGGUUGAUGUCCGUGAUCAUUUAUAAAAUCAGGAGUGCUGAUAAAAGAAGUAAAGCUUUGAAAGGCUCCAGUCCUGCAGCUGCCCAAGGUCAUCACUAACCAGCUCCCCGAGUCCACUGGAGACGAAGUGUCCAUCAGCCUGUAGAUUUAAGCACGCUGUGUUAGAUGGGGAUGUUGAACUUUGCUGUACAUUUGUCUGAGUUCCAUUUGCCAUGUGAAUAAAUGUAACUGAGGUGUAAAAA